GGGUGAUAUAUUACUGAUGCGCGACUAAAUUGCGGUAUUGUCAUAUUGACUACUACGGAGUAAUACUCUGCAGCAAUUAGCAAGUUGUGUCCUCAAGAAAUGGACUGCCUCAAUCCGCCACAUCUUCCGGUCAAGCCACCGCCGGCAAUACCACCUGAAGCAGAAGAUUCCGGAUCCCAAUACCGCAACGAAGAAAGCAAAUCUGCGAUGCAAAACUUCCGAUCUCUUAUGAUGAAAGCAGUCAUUGCAUCUUUGGGAAACAACUCCCUAACCCUGGCGCAGAGCGCGGUCGUUGAAGAAACGCUUUGUCAGUGCUUCCCUCGUCUCAGAGCUCCUGAUCAUCCUCCUUACGCUUGGAUGAUUAGAACAGCAAUUGAGAAGCUAAAAGAGGAAGGAUGCUCGAGUGAGUGUGCAAUAUCAAAGUGCAUAAUGAGUGACAAUCCCGACUUGCCAUGGGCCCACCCAACUCUACUCAAAUGCCAUUUGACGAAACUCUGUGAGAAGGGCGAUAUCGUCCGGACUCAAGAUGGCCUUUAUUUGUUGAAUGACCAAAAUAUUCUCAUCCCGCAUAUUCCAAACAGCACUUUAAACAGUACUAUUUGUAGCCUUAGCUUAGACCUGAGCUCGAAUUCUCCUGACAGUGAUAGCACUACCAGUGGUUCCCCAAUGAGAAAACGGAGAAAGAGGAAGAGGAAAUUAAAGAAAGUGGGAAUCAAGAAGAGACUGGGAAGACCACCUAAGAAGAAAAACAUCCUUUUGAAGCAAAAGAGGAAGGUUCGGGGUAGGCCUCCGAAGAAAGUAAAGUGGAACGAAAAAGUUUCUUCUUUGGAACAAGAAUCAUUUAAUGCUAUUGAAGCAACACAUAACCAAAUGGACGGGCAGAACAUGGAGAUACCCGUGGUCCCCACUAAUAUAGGUUUAGAGGUGAAAAAACUGGUGGUAAAUGCCAGAAGUAGCUAUAAAGGGAAAAGUAAAAUGAUUUCAGAAGCAGCUACAAAGGGAAACGUCCGUAUGAAGCCAAAGAGGAAGGGUAGGGGUAGGCCCCCGAAGAAAGUAAAUGGGAAUGAAAAUGUUUCUUCUUUGGAAGAAGAGGCAUUUAAUGCUACUGAAACAACAAAUAUCCAAAUGGAGUUGCAGAACGUGGAAGUACCGGUGGUCCACAUGGGUGCAGGAUCCGAUAAUCAAAAUCCAGUGGUAGAAGGAAGAAGUGAUGUCAUAAAAGCAGAAAAUGAAAGACAAGAAAAUGAGAUGAUGAAAGGACUAAAUCCAUCAAGAUUGAAGAACACUGACAGUCAACCAGAAGCAGAUGGGCAAUUUGGUCAAUUAAAAGAAAAAAAUGGGAUGAAUUCAGAAACAGCUACAAAGGAAAACAUCCGUAUGAAGCCAAAGAAAAAGGGUAGGGGUAGGCCCCCGAAGAAAGUAAAUGGGAAUGAACAAGUUUCUUUUUUGGAAGAAGAGACAUUUAAUGCAACUGAAACAACCAAUAUCCAAAUGGAGUGGCAGAGCGUGGAAGUACCGGUGGUCCCCACGGGUGUAGGAUCUGAGGAGCAGAAUCCAGUGGUAGAAGGAAGAAGUGAUAUCAUAGAAGCAGAAAAUAAAAGAGAAGAAUUUGAGAUGAUGAAAGGACUAAAUCCAUCAAGAUUGGAGAACACUGACAGUCAACCAGAAGUAGAUGGGCAAUUUGGUCAAUUAAAAGAAAAAAGUGGGAUGAAUUCAGAAACAGCUACAAAGGUAAACAUCCGUAUGAAGCCAAAGAGGAAGGGUAGGGGUAGGCCCCCGAAGAAAGUAAAUGGGAAUGAAAAUGUUUCUUCUUUGGAAGAAGCGACAUUUAAUGCUACUGAAAGAACGAAUAUCCCAAUGGAGUGGCAGAACGUGGAAGUAUCGGUGGUCCCCACGGGUGUAGGAUUCGAGGAGCAAAAUCCAGUGGUAGAAGGAAGAAGUGAUAUCAUAGAAGCAGAAAAUGAAACAGAAGAAGAAAAUGAGAUGAUGAAAGGACUAAAUCCAACAAGAUUGGAAAACACCGACUGUCAACUAGGAGAGGGGCAAAUUGGUCAAUCAAAGGAAAAAAGUGAGAUGAAUUCAGAAGCAGCUAUGAAGAAAAACAUCUCUUUGAAGCCAAAGAGGAAGGUUCGGGGUAGCCCCCCCAAGAUUUUAAAGAUGAAAGAAAAAGUUUCUUCUUCUGAUGAAGUGGCAAUUAAUGCUAUUGAAGCAACCGAUAAGCAAAUGGAGUGGCAGAAAGUGGAAGUACAGGUGGUCACCACGGAUGUAGUAACACAGGAGCAAAAUGCGGUCGUGCGAGCAAGAAGUGAUGUGAUAGAAACAGAAAAUGAACAAGAAGAAGAAGAACAGGAGGUGAUGAAAGCACAAAAUCCAUCAGUAUUGGAGAUUAAGGACAGUCCAUUAGAGGCAGAUUUGAGUGCAGAUGCUGCUAAUAAAAUGGGAUUGCAAGAAUAUAACCUAUCAGAAUUAGUGGUGCCAAUGGAAGAAGAGUGCAAUCAAGAGGAGAUUCUAAUGGAAGAAAAUAUUGCAGAAGUAGAGGCUAUGAAUGGAAAUCAAGCUGAGAAAGAAAGUAAAGAGGACAAUCAUCCGGGGACUAUAAAAGCAGACAAAAUGGUUCAGGGUUGUAGCACACAUUUAAUUGUACAAAAACUGGGAGAUCAGGCUGCAAAGCAAAAUUUAGCUAAUGAGACCAACACGUCUGCAAAAGAGUCAGGAGUUCAAAUAGAGAAGCAAAUGAAGAAUAAAGUUUUCAGAAAAUGUUCCCAGAACGGGGGAAAAGAAAUGGUUGCUUCUCCAAAAACUGAUGACAUUGGAGCAGGAAGGUGUCUUAGAUCCAGAGGAAAGAUUCAACCUGCACAAAGACUGGAGACUGUUCAGAAGACCACUAUAAUUUGCAGUGAGAUCCCGAAACAUGAAGGUAAUACCAUGGUGCCAAACAGACCCGAAGAAACUGGAACAAAAGCGAAUUGUCAACAUGAAGAAGAAACAGUUGCUCGUGGAGAUCAUCAUGGUCAUGUGGUGGAACACACGGUUGAGUGUGAUAAUGAAAUAAUGAGCUUUCAAUUCCAACAGAAUAAGAUAGCAGCUCCCAAGGUGGAAACACAACAAGCACAGUUUCAGCAACCGAAUCAUAGACAGUUAAGGUCUCGCACUCCCAAGAUUGAGCCAGGUGCUGAAGUGCAGAGAGUUGUGCAGAGGGUUUGUUCACUGCCGGCAAUAAAAAAAGUUGAUAGAAAAAUAGAGCCAGGUUCUGAAGAGAAGAAUGUUGUGCAAAGCGCUUCAUCAGCACCGGCAACAAGAAUUGUCACUAGGAAAAUGGCAGCUGCUACGGCCAGUUACAUUUCUCCAGAUUUUUCACUUGAUGAAAAGAAACAAGAACAGCAGAAGACAAAGAGUUUCUCAAAGAAUCAAGUAGAUGAAGUAGUAUCUUCCAUGCCUAGACGCUCAGCGCGCCUUGCUAUGGAACAGUAAAAAUGGAGUCAAGUAGCAGAUUUGAGGAAUGCAGCAUUGCUCUAAGGGGAGAAAGCAUGGAUCAUGUUACCCUUUCUUCUAUGGCUACUUUACUUUCCACCAGCUCCAGAAUUAGUUGCAUCGUUGCUACUGGGUAUCAAAGAAGACCUUGCAUCGUUGCUGUCGGAGACGGGGGCCUUCAAUGGUUCGGGAGGGGGGUUGAUUGAUGCCGAGAUCUGCUGCCAGGCCAUAAAAGAACCUCCCUUCCCAUCUUUGUAUAGCAGUGAAUCAUAAAUGCCAAGCCAGGGAAGAAAGGAAUAGUUUGUCGUUAGUGAAGGAACCCUCCGAGAAGACCUCAUAUGACGUUGGACGCCACAAAGACAGAACCAGCGGGUCUGCCAGACUGAAAUUCUGCUGCCCCAUCGAUCUCCACCUGUAGAUGCGCCGAAGUCUGAAUGUAAACAUAAUUGCCACAAGGAUGAUGACUUAUGGUGGCAAGCAUUGGCCUUGGCGGCGUUGAACCUAGACGGCGGCGGAGAUAGUAAUAUUAAAAGUAGAAUUUAGGGAGAGGUGAUAAUUGAGCUUUUAAAUGCUACUCCGUAUAAGUGUUUGGCAUUCAAUGGUAGUUGUUAGCUGAUAGUGGGUUGAGUUCUAUCCGUGCAUUGAUGUCAAUAGAGUCUAGUUUGAUUAACCGUUAUCAUUAGCAGAUUAGCAAAUUGAAAAUUGAAGUACAAUAAUUCAUAACUUGGUUGUUCAAGAUUAGCUAUUUAGAGUUGAGACUAUUAAAAAACUAUUAAGAACCACCGAUCCCCUCGAAGGCCUCG